AUGAUUUUCUUAUUCCGAUGCAAGAAAUGAACCCUGAGCCACCUUUAUGGGUCGACUUGGAAAGAAUAUCCUGUAAAGAGUGUCAAAGUCCUUGUGUUUUCAACCACGGUACUAUUGUUUGUUCCAACUGUGGUUUAGCUUUUGAAGAAGAAUCGAGUUUGUUGCAAUUAGGACAAGAAAGAGAGACACGUGGGUCGUCCUUUAUAGGACGUUCCUCUCCAUCUUUUCAGUGUUCUUAUUCUUUCUAUAAGGAUUCUACCACUCGUCAAGAAAGAGCAACAAGGAUGUUAUUCAACAAGUGCAAAGAAAUUGUUGGAAAACUAGCUCUAGAUGGUGGUUUAUUGACUCCUUUGGAUUCCCUCGUUACUAGGACAGCUCUACUUGUAUGGCCCUGUCAUAAGCAUUGGUUGUCAGCCUCGUGUGCAGCUUGUGUCUAUAUUGUUGCUCGAAUGCACUUCAAAGCAGUGAAUAUGACGGAUUGUUCAAUAGCCGCCCGUUGUAUGGUAAGCGAAACGGGUAGAGUUUAUCAGCAGUUGGUAGCUGAGUUGGAGUUGGCCAUUCCACCUGGAGACCCUUUUGCACUGUUAUGGCGUGUUUGUCAUAUUCUGUUGACUUGUUUAUUUCCCGACUCAGAAAAGCAGCGGUCUUGUUCAUUGGGUAAUUUGUAUCACUUGAGUUGUAAUCUAUUGUGGUAUGCUGAACAAAGAUGGUUGCUUACUGGAAGAAAACCUAUUCAUAUUGUCAUUGCUGCAUCGACAUUGGCAGCAACUUACAAUUGUGGAUAGAUAUGUCGAAGCAUUUAUCGAGU